AUCACCGACACAUGACUCUUUCUAAGGAGGAAGCAGCAUCGGAGAAGUCGGAGUCGGCCUGACACAGACAUAGAGUCGUUUUAUCCCUGCGAUAACGCCGAAUUUACCAACAAGAAGAGACUCUGGUCUGUGUUUAAAAUGUUUCUGAUCGCUGUUUUGGUCCUCCUGGGGGCUCAACUGACGGUUAAUGGCGAGACCCAUUCCCUCACUUACAUCUACACGGCCCUCUCCAAACCUGUCAGUUACGCGGGCAUCCAUGAAUUCACCGCCAUGGGCCUGCUCGACGACAGGAUGAUCGACUACUACGACAGCGAGCACCGGGAAAAAGUUCCCAAACAAAGCUGGAUGAAGGAGCGACUGCAGAAGGAUUACUGGGACAAAGGAACUCAGUCCCGCCGCAGCAAGCAGCAGUGGUUCAAGGUGAACAUCGACAUCUUGAUGAAGCGAAUGAGGCAGAAUGACACAGACAUCCAUGUUCUCCAGUGGAUGCACGGCUGUGUGGGCGACGUGCAGGAAGACGGCUCGAUCAAAUUUACCCGUGGCAUGGACAGGUACAACUACGAUGGAAGUGACUUCCUCUCGUUCGAUGAUGGAAACGGCGUCUGGGUGGCCUCGAUUGAGCCUGCGGUCCCAACCAAGAGGAAGUGGGAUGGUGUCAUGGUGCUGAAGGAGUACACCAAGGGAUACCUGGAGAAUGAGUGCAUUAAGUGGCUGAAGGAAUUUUUGGAUUAUGGGCAAAAGCAUCUGAAGAAAGUCUCUAAACCUAAGGUCUUCUUGUAUACAACAAAAUCCAAAGUGGAGUCCAUUGUGGUUCUGAAUUGCCUGGCCACCGGCUUCUACCCAAAAGACAUCAUCAUGGAGAUCAAACAGAACGGCCGUGUCUUGAGUAGACUGGAUGGACUGGAGACCUCUGGCGUUCGUCCAAAUGAGGACGACACCUAUCAGAGGAGAGACCAUGUGGAGAUUUUGAAGUCUGAUGUGUCGACGUACACUUGUCGGAUCAUUCAUAAAGCAUCUGAAGUAGACAUUGAGAAGGAUUGGAAAGCUGGAGGUUCUAACACGGGUCUGAUUGCUGGAGUGAUUGCAGCUGUGGUUCUUGUUGGUGGAGUAGCGGUGCUGCUGGUACGUCUUGUGGAAAAACGGCUAUAUCAGAGGAGCCAAAGAUGAAGCCAAACCUGAAGCCAAGUACCUCAAUGGUACACCUCCUGUGACUGUCAGCGGUUUGCAAAGCACUGUGGUUCCCAUGCUUUCCUGCCAAUGGUAAGUAUUUUCCUCUGCAAACAUAAAUACACAUAGAGAAACAUGCAGAUUGUGGCAGAUGGCUUUAAAUAAUUCUGUGUGCAUGUCAGUAGGCAAUCCGACUAACUGCUCGUACACCUCGCUCAACCAUAAGUGCUUUCCUCUGUAAAGACAUAAACACUGCUACCAGAACAGUUUAUAGCAGAUGAUAGAGCUGCAGCACUCUGAUCUGCUGGUUAUUGAAACAAGCAUGCGGCUAUUUGGAUCAUGAAUCGCACAAUUACUAAACAACUCUUACUUGACUGUCAGCUUUAAGGUUUUGCUUUGGGUUGUUUUCAGCAUGUGCUAUCCAGUUAUAUAGAUGUUCUCCUUCUUACAUUUUCACAUUGUUAUGCCGUCUUUCGCAGUAGGCUGCAUCAACACUAGAAAGUUGUUUGACUGUGUUCAAUGUAUCUUCCAGUUUUCAGUUUGCUCCUCUGUAGUGUUUUUUAGCCACACUGCAUUUGUUUUUUUAAUCCAGUAUUUUGUAUUUUCCUCUCCUCACUGUUGGUCAGAGCAGUCAGUCAGGGACACAGUUUUUUUUGUGUUUAAAGGAUUUAGUCCACAUCUUUCUUUUUUUUUUUUAAUAAAAGACAUAGUGAUUGUGAAGGACAGCACACACAUGCAGUCAGGUAGAAACUUUGUAGAUGCGUUGUGAAAACAGACAAGCAAUGAUGCCACCAACUAAUCAGUAAUUUCAUUUGUUAGCAACGAAUUUUGCCAAAGAUUUUCGACCACUAUGUUGAUUAUUCAUUGGAACCCUGCAGUUCAAGCCUAAUAUUUGCUCUGUGUGUGUCUUUGUGUGUGUAAAGAAGAUGAUGGCCGAGGCUCUUCCUCCUCUGGUAGCAGCGAUGACGGGAAGAAAGCAAUGGUGAGCAAUUUGUUUUUGUAAAUAUGUUGCACUGAGCUGCAUUUCAUAGUUUAGCUUUGUGUAGGGGUGCAUGAAUAAAAUUUUUUUUUUUAAUUAAAGUUAGAGAUAGCCUGUAUGUGUAUUGGGGAUCAAACUAUUAUCAGACCGGCUGAUGUCUCUGGUGUGUCUCUUCAGCAGAGACAAAACCGGCAAAAAAAAAAAACUGAACAAGAAACUUGAGCCGUUGCCACAAACUGAAAUUUGGCUACUUUCACAGUGGCUAAAGCUAUGCUAACAGCUAGUGGCUAAGUUAGCAGGCAUCCAUGCCUUAGACUAAAACAGUGUCUGGAACAAACAAUUAGUAGUGUUUUAAGAUAUGGACCAAAGUGGGGAAUUAAACCGGGGUUUCUGCAGGGCAAUAAAAAGCAUUAGCAGUCAUUAAAUUAAUUGUGUGAAAAUUAAGGUGUGAAAAUUAAGGCCUUAAAUGGCAUUAGAAAUCAUUCAGUUUGAUUUUCAGUGGCACUAAAAAUUCUUUCUGCAGUUUUCAAGAAAAAUAUCAGAUAAUAUAUGUAAUUAUAGACUGCGAUUGAUCAGAUAUGUGCACCCGUGUAAACAUGCUGAAGAUUUGCGAUGAUUGUUCCACCCAGUCGGGUACAAUCACCAAAAACUGCAUCUUGGGAAAGUGUCCGGCAGGCUGGACCAGGUGGAGGAGAGCUGGGAAAUGGGGAAAUGCAAAUUCCAGCAAAAAUGACUGGAAAACGUGGAAUUCAGAGAAUACCUACAGCCUGUGGGUGGUCAGGGUGGUUUCCGGAUUCAGAAAUAGUGAAAUGUAGGGACAGUUUUCAUAUAAAAAUCAUCUUUUACAAAAAAGCAAACCGUGUAAGUUGUUGAGUUCACGGUCAUAGUAUUAAAAUUUUACAGUAUAGCAUUAAAAUGUCGUUAAAUCUGACUGGCUGAUUUCUGCAGAAACCCUGUAAAGUGACAGAAUAUUGAAAGAUUAAAACAGAGAAGAGCAGCAACUGCAAGAGACAAACUGACUGAUGAGAGGAGAGCGUGUGAACAUCCUGGGAUGCAUCAGUCUUAAUGCUAGCAUACAUGUGCAGUAAUAGUCCUCCCUGUUACUGUUGAAGCUUAGUUAUAAAUGACAGCUUCAAUGCUAUUACAUGCUUUAUAAACAUAAUCAGUUCCAAAUAUUGGUUAUCAGUCAUUUUUGAGAACAAAAAUCAAUCAGCAUCGUUCUUGAAAAAACACGUCUGUUAACCUCUGGUGUAUAUUGUACGUUUUAUAAGCACAUGCUGUACCUGAAUACAUUUUCUUUCAUCCACAGGCUCUAUGCACGGCAGUGACUCUGGUGUCUCUUCAAGUGGCCGGACAAGCCAGACUCCUGAGACAGCGAGUCUCCUGAAUAACCCAUCACAAGGCUGAAGAUUCUGCAAGCACCAGCAUGUCCAUCAGAGUAACAAAAAGACUCACAGGAACCAGAUUUACCAAUUCAACAAAUAUUUCAAUCACUGGGUAACUGAUAAAACCUAAAAGGGAAGUUUAAAAAGUCCAACGUCUUGCGAAACUGAUGGAUCAGCUGGAAAAUGUGGUUCUAUUGAGCUGCUGAAAAGUUUUUUUUUUUAAAGAAAAACAAAGGAAAUGACGUUUCCAUUCCUGUUAAAGCUGAACCUCAAAGUUAUAGUGUGAUUUAGAUCAUUGGACAGGUGAGUUUCUUCACAGGAAAGAGGUUCAAUGGGAAUUCAGAAGUUCAAAACUUAAAUCUGAAAAUAAGUGGUAACUGUGAGCCAGACCCUUAAAACCAGGUCUGCAAAAGAAUAGAGGAGAAAGAUGGAAACAACCUUUAGGUAAAGUUGUUUAUACCUAAUUUGAUACCAAAUUAGACUAAAACCAUCAGGUUGAUUGUUUUGUUUGUCAACAGAAACUUUGUAAUAAGUGAAUUGUGAAUGUAUAAAAGAAUGGGACAAUUUAGUUCUUCACAGAACCUUAAAAAUGUGCAAAAAAAUACAAAGGAACACAAAGAAGAGGGACUGACAGCAAAGAAAUAAAGUUUUAAGUGCAAUUUUUCUGAAUCCGUACAAAUUCUGGAUCAGUGAAACAGUUGGAAAGAAGUUUUUACAAAUGUGGCAUGGUGUCCCUGCAACCACUUUGAGUACACUGGUAUCAUUUUAAUAGGAUGAAAAUGAUUUUUUUCAUUUUAAAAAAAGCACGUAGAAAGAUUUCGGUCUGAUUUAAAAAGAUGUAGAAAAAAUUUACUGCUGUUAUGCCUUUAAUACUCUGCUGUGUAGUUUUAUUUUUUCAGCUUUUUAAGUCAGUUAUUGCAGAAAUGUCAGUACAAUUAAUGCUAUAUAAUAUACACACUUUUUGAUUUUUUUUUUGUUUGCAACCUAUAGACAUUAUGCCUUUUAAAGUCAUUGUUCAUCACUAAACAUAUGAUUGCUUUGUGCCAAUGUUAUCUUGAUUUUAUGUUUUUACUCCUGUGUUUUUGAGCUUUUUAUCAGUUCUUCAGAUGAAUUGAUCGACGUGAUGAAAUUUACUGUUAAAAUAACGUGAAGAACAAUCACAUUAUAAAGUGCGCUCCUCAGGAUGAAUGAGUUUGUGUGACCGUAUUGAAUUUAUCAGAAAUAUUUCGGGGACUGUGAAAAUUCUGGGUGACUUUGAGGAUAUGAUGAGAUAGUGCUGACAUUUAUUCAUUAUUUGCAGCUUCUGCCUUUAAAUGUAAUUAAUUCCUACUGUUGGGUGACAUAGGUGUAGAGCCCUAGUAUUUUGUUAUGGUGUCAGAAGUUUUGUUUAUGCAUAUUUAUGGUUUUCACGGUGGGGGGAAGGGGGGGCUGAAGCACCUGCCCCUUUGGCUAUUGAUGCCCAAAAAUGCCCUUUUGUCAAAGUUGCUUUUUAAAUUUUAUUUUAAUUUUUUUUUCAUAUAUAUGUGUGUGUGAAAGUAUUUGAGGCCCAAACUAAUAAAUAAAGCAAAAAUAAAAUUAAUAGUAAUUCAGAAGAGA